UCCAAAGAAGAAAAAUAAGGUAUUAUUACCAUGAAGUUCUUAAGCAUCCACUGUAUUGUUAUAUCGUUGGUAUUCAUUUUGUUAAAGGUGACAGAAAUCCAAGGAUAUAAUGUAACACCACAAUCGGUCACCUGUACCAACCGGAAGAGCAAAUGCUUUCUCAAGAAAGUGAGAUGCCCUGCCCAGUGCCCUAGUGUUAAACCAACAAACUCUAAAGCUAAAGCUUGCUUCCUCGACUGUAACUCCCCUAAAUGCGAGGCAGUUUGCAGAAAUCGCAAGCCAAACUGCAAUGGCCUUGGUGCUGCUUGUUUUGAUCCACGCUUUAUUGGUGGAGAUGGUAUUGUCUUCUAUUUCCAUGGCAAAAGCAAUGAGCAUUUUGCCUUAAUCUCAGAUUCCAACCUCCAAAUUAAUUCUCGGUUCAUUGGCCAUCGACCAGCUGGAAGAACCAGAGAUUACACAUGGAUUCAAGCCUUAGGUAUCAUGUUCGACUCUCACACCUUUACUCUUGAAGCCACAAGGACAACAAAAUGGGACGAAGGGGUUGACCACCUUCAAUUCACUUAUGAUGGAAAACCCCUCAUAAUUCCAGAAGGUCACCUCUCUGAAUGGAAUUCCACACAGAAAGAUCUGAAAGUGGAGAGAACAUCAAGCAAGAACAGUGUCACAGUUACCCUCCCAGAUGUUGCCGAGAUUUCAGUUAAUGUGAUUCCUGUGACCGAACAGGAUAACAAAGUUCACAAUUACCAGAUACCUUCUGAUGAUUGUUUUGCCCACUUGGAAGUACAGUUCAGAUUCUUUGGCCUCUCUCCAGAAGUUGAAGGCGUUCUUGGAAAGACAUACAGGCCAGAUUUUGAGAAUCCGGCAAAACCAGGUGUGGCUAUGCCUAUUGUUGGAGGUGAAGACAAGUAUAGGACCUCAUCUCUACUUUCCUCAGAGUGUGCCACUUGUGUGUUCUCUCCAGCUGGUGUUGACGAGGCCAGAAAGAAUACAUUGGUGAUGGAUUAUGGCAUAUUGGACUGCAAUCGCGGAAGCAGCGGCAGACAUGGCAUAGUCUGCAGGAAAUGAACAACAAAUUUUCGCAUGGUUAAAGAAUAAUUACAGUUGUAACU